UGGAUAUCAGAUGAUGAAGUUAGUGUAUGUAUACUAUGUAAUGAUAAAUUUAAUCAAUUAAGAAGAAAACAUCACUGUAGACAAUGUGGAAGAGUAUUAUGUAAUAAAUGCUGUAAAGAGAAGCUACCACUACCACAUCUGGGUAUAGAUGAUCCUGAAAGAGUUUGUGAUUGGUGC